AGUGGACUGGGUGUUGUUCCAGAACUCAGAGGAAUCGCUGUGGCUGCCACUUUUCCUGAGGGCGAUCGCCAGGCUUUCUUCCUGCGAGGCUCCCGCCCACACCUCCAGGUGUUCAUACCCUCCCUUAAUUACUCUUCUAAAAUUGAUAGUUUGCACUUGCAAAGUUACACUAGGAAAGCGGAAGGGAAGUUUAUAAUCAUGGAUAUGGAGAACUAGAGGAGCACAGUCACACUUGCUUUGGCCUGCAGACCCAGUCAAUCGAAAACUCAGAAAUAGAAACGUGUACACCUUUCCGCCAGCAAAACUGACUCUGCGUUCUUUGCAACCUCGGCUUAAAGGCUGCGCUGGGAAAAACUGUGCCUCCCGGAAAGUUUGGAAACUGAACUACCAGAAAGGCCAGAUAUGGGGGUUUUGCGGGCCCCGCGAUGUUUUCCAGAGCUUUUCAAGUGGGAAGAAAAGAGCGACAAAAUGAAAAUGCAACUUGUGGGGGAGGCCCCCCGAGUCCUGCGCCGAGGUACAGUUGCCCCUAGCAUGACUGCGAUCUGAUCAGCAACCACCAGAACCUGACUCCUGUGUCCGGCGCCUUAGUCCUGGGGCCUGGUCACUGCCCACCACUCCGGACCUGCCAUGGCUGCUGCCUUCACGUCCACGCCUGUCAUUUCACAGCCCCAGUUCACAGCCAUGAAUGAACCGCAGUGCUUUUACAACGAAUCCAUCGCCUUCUUCUAUAACCGGAGUGGAAAGUACCUUGCCACAGAAUGGAACACAGUGAGCAAGCUGGUGAUGGGACUUGGAAUCACCGUCUGUAUCUUCAUCAUGUUGGCCAACCUCCUGGUCAUGGUGGCAAUCUAUGUCAACCGCCGCUUCCAUUUUCCUAUUUAUUACUUAAUGGCGAACCUGGCUGCCGCAGACUUCUUUGCUGGGUUGGCCUACUUCUACUUAAUGUUCAACACAGGACCCAACACUCGGAGACUGACGGUCAGCACGUGGCUCCUGCGUCAGGGCCUCAUUGACACCAGCCUGACGGCAUCCGUGGCCAACUUACUGGCCAUUGCAAUCGAGAGGCACAUUACAGUUUUCCGCAUGCAGCUGCACACGCGGAUGAGCAACCGGCGGGUGGUGGUGGUGAUCGUGGUCAUCUGGACCAUGGCCAUUGUUAUGGGCGCGAUACCCAGUGUGGGCUGGAACUGCAUCUGUGAUAUUGAGCAUUGUUCCAACAUGGCGCCCCUCUACAGUGACUCUUACUUGGUCUUCUGGGCCAUUUUCAACUUGGUGACCUUUGUCGUCAUGGUGGUUCUCUACGCUCACAUCUUUGGCUAUGUUCGCCAGAGGACUAUGAGAAUGUCUCGGCAUAGUUCUGGCCCCCGGCGGAACCGGGAUACCAUGAUGAGUCUUCUGAAGACUGUGGUCAUUGUUCUCGGCGCCUUUAUCAUCUGCUGGACUCCUGGACUGGUCCUGUUACUUCUCGAUGUGUGCUGUCCACAGUGUGACGUUCUGGCGUAUGAGAAAUUUUUCCUCCUGCUGGCCGAGUUCAACUCUGCCAUGAACCCCAUCAUCUACUCCUACCGCGACAAGGAGAUGAGCGCCACCUUCAGGCAGAUCCUCUGCUGCCAGCGCAGUGAGAACACCAGUGGCCCCACCGAAGGCUCAGACCGCUCAGCUUCCUCCCUCAACCACACCAUCUUGGCUGGAGUUCACAGCAAUGACCACUCGGUGGUUUAGAAAGGAAACUAAGAUGAGACGCAGCCAUCAUCUAUUGAGCGAUGAGCAGCCUCCGCUAACCCAAGGCCAGGGCAAGGUGGGGGAUAUGAGAGAGAGAGAGCAAGAGAGGAAAAAUACACUCAUGUACUUAAUAAACACUAACCCAUGGCAGUAUUUCUUCGUAGACCCAACAAGACUUGAUACAUAUUGAAAAUUAGCUUCUGUGACAACCUUCAUCCUGAUCCCCAUUCCUUUUGAAAGUAGAAAGUGGCGAUUUCACGAUGGAAUUCAUAAACAGACUCUGGAGUGUCCAUUUACACUACACUAACUAGUCUUCAAAAGAUUUUGUGUGGUUUGGUGCAAGUCGGAAUAAAUUCUGGCUAAUGGAAUCCACAACGUCAUUUACAUACAGGCUUCCCUUUUUUUUUUUUUUUUUAAAGGAUACAUGUCAUUUAAUAAACCUGUUUAUGCUUAUCAGCAUGCUUGUGAUGGAUAAGACUAUAGACUGUUUUUAAACUAUCAUAACUCCAUUUUGUUCCUUAUGUAGGAAAACUGUAAAUUAGAAUUACUUUUUUAGAAAGCAUGCAUGUAAUGUAUGUAUGCAGUAUGCCUUACUUCAAAAGAUAAAAGGGUAUUAAUUUUAAGUCUUCUAGGAAAUAGAAGAACCUAGAUGUCAAAGCCAGUAUUUGUUUGGGUUAUGAAACAAACAAUGAUCUAAUCACAAUAUUACCUUUUUUGGUUCAAGUGUUGGAACAUGUAUAAAACAAACAGGAAUGUAAGUUUAUUAUCAGAAGAAUAUGUACUCUAUAAAAGUUAUAGAAGAUGAGAGCACAGUGGUAUCGUUCCCACAUAUUUAUAAUACCCAAGUACAUUCUAAUUAUCAGUUCGUCAGAAGAAUUUUUUAAUAACCUGUGUUUUUCUAUAGUAUUAUACAUAGUCGUUGUAGAAAACUUGAAAAAAUGCAGAAAUGUAUAAAACAAAAAAAUACUGAUGAUAUCACACCCCAGAAGUAACCACCAUGAACAGCUUUUUCCCCCUGUAUAUGCCUAUAUGUAUAUUAUAUACCCUUUUAUAUAAUUGGGAUCAUACAAUUUUAUAACUAGUUUGCUUUUUCCACUGAAGAAUUGCUGCAUUUUCCUAUGGCAUUAAAAAUGUUACAAAAACAUAAUUUUAAUGACUAUAUAAUAUUCCAUUUAAUGGACACCACUCAGUUUAACCAUUCCCGUACUGUUGACUACUUAGGCUAUGUCUCAUUUUCACUAUUAUAAAUAAUGUUGUGAAAAAUUUUAUGUACAUACAACUUUGUCCAUAUAGUUGAUUAUUAGGACGCAUUCCCCUGAAGGAUUUUUUUUUUUAAUGUGAACUAUCUUUGUAUGCGCUUACUUUUUAUAAAAGGGGAUUUCCUGCUUCUGCCCUGCGUGGGUGGUAAUUGUGAGGAAAGCCAAUUACCUUUUUGUACAAAGGAAAUGCAGUGGUUGCUCUAAUUGAGAGUGACUUUUUUUUGUAUCACAAGAUGGAUGAGAAACAGUCAGCUGUCACAAAUUGUCAGGAUACCCCAACCAAUAGGUCUAGCAAUUCCAGAUUCCACUUGAGAGACGGAUUAUCCAGCUCUCGAUAGCCACAACUGUAAUGCAGAAUUGAAGAAAAUGCAAAGAAAUCAAAUCCACCGAGUGAAUAAAGGAUCAUCUUCCUAUUAAGUAUCUUGGGACCCUUCGGUAGCCAGUGGGUUGAGUGCGUCAGUACGUGACUGGAUACUGUGUAUUCUCUAGGGUCACUCUCAGAGAUGCCACCAUAUUAGAUGAUACCUGUUUCAUGGUCCAGGAAACUGCACCAAUUUUUCUAAGAAGUAACCGAUAAAGUCCCGGUCACGAAGCAGGUGUGGGCAAGUCAGAAGUAGGUUUAAGAGAGAGAUGUCCAGAAGAAGAACGGUUAUUUCGGAAGGAGGAAGGCAGCGUAUGGUCACCAUUUGAGCGGAGGGCAGACUCAACAAGUGCCCCAAGUGGAAAGAGUCUGGGGAACCAGUUGGCAGAAAAGCGUUUGCACAGACUUUAUACAAAAUAGAGAGCAUUUUAUAGUGGAAAUGAAAGAAAGGAAGUUGGGUCUUUACUCAUGUGCGUUUAUUCUGAAGGAGAUAUGGACUAUUUGAAAAUUAAAAACAUACUAAUUGGACCUUAAUAAAUCAUUCUCAAUCA